AUGGCCACCCAACUCCCCCAGAAGCUCCGCAUAGGCGAGGUACAGCGAUUCGCAUCCAGAGCAGUACAACUCGAGAAGUUCCGCCCAAUCGUAACGUACUGGUGCGAGUACUACAUCCUCCAAUAUGUCCUCAACCGCAACCUCCACACGACAGACGACGAGUGCCAGGGUUAUGCCCUCCAACUCAUGGACAAGCUCGAGCAGUACAAAGCCGACAACGCAGCCAACGAUGCGAUCGUGGACGAUGUCGCGGCGAAAGCAUACAUAGAGAACUUCGCGAUGGAUACUUUCAACAGAGCAGACAAUGCGCAGCGGGCGAACAAUGUGACAAAGCAGACGGCGGAUACGUUCAUGGCGGCUGCGACUUUUCUAGAUCUGCUGGCGAUAUGGGGAGAGGUGGAUCGUGAGAUUGCGGCAAAGAGCAAGUUUGCAAAGUUCCAUGCUGCGCGGAUUUUGAAGGCUUUCAAGGCUGGAGAGGACCCGAAUGCGACUAAUCCGGUGGCCGAAGAGGCGCCCGCACCCGCAGCGGAUGAGUUCGACGACGAGCUGAAUGACAUGGAGCAGCAGCAGAACGGAGGAAGCGCAAGUGGAUAUCAGCAACCUACGGUCGAAGAUGCUGGGCCGAGCGGUGCCCCGUCGAGACCGGAGAGUGCGUUUCAAGGCCAGUCACCCGCGCCGCCACCCAUGCCGCUCCAUCCACCGAAUCAGGCCGCCUCGCCUAGCUUACCUGUACCGAGACCUGGAGAUGUAUCACCAAUCGAACCUCACCAAAGCGAUGCCAACGAGUCGGCCUCAGCAAGGCAGAACUCUGUGGGAGGAGGUUACUUUCCGGAAGUCCCAGGCCAAACGGCGGACGUAGACAUGAGCGAUCAAAUGGACCCACCUCCCCCAGCUGCUCAAUCCCCCAUGAACCCGCAAGACUUCUACAACACCAACGCACUGCCGCCACCAGCAGCCCCAUCAGCGCCUUCUCCCGGCUCCUUAGGCCUAGGGAGCGACAACAGGCCCAGCCGACCUUCUCCCAGCCAAAUGAACGCGCAGCCACCUGCAAUGCCUUUCGCGCAACCGCCUCCGGCUCCUCCAGCCCAGUCUCAGCCCCUCGCGCCUCCAGCGCCUCCACCUGCACAGUAUGCACCACCCGCCGGUGGCUACAAGACGGACGACGACUCGAGCGCGGCAGCGCAGAAACACGCUCGAUGGGCUAUCUCUGCGCUGAAUUUCGAGGACGUGAAUACGGCUGUCAAGGAGCUGAGGCUUGCGCUGCAGAGUCUGGGUGCUACUUGA